AUGUCGAACACCAAGGCCAAAUUGACCGUCCUGAUCUCUGGGUCGGGAAGUAACCUCCAAGCACUGAUAGACGCGUGCGGAAAGGCAGCUCUUCCCAAUGCAGAGAUCAUCCGUGUCGUAUCCAACAAGAAAGCCGCUUACGGAUUAGAAAGAGCACAAAAGGCACAGAUCCCUACCGCAUACCACAACCUGCUCGAGUACAAGAAGCGCUUCCCGGAUACGACCGAGUCCAAGAAGUUCGAGCAAGCCAGAAGCGAAUACGACCGUGAUUUGGCUUCGCUGGUCCUGGCCGACAAGCCCGACAUAGUCGUGUGCGCAGGCUGGAUGCACAUCCUCGCGCCCACUUUCCUGGAGCCUUUGAAAGAUGCCGGCGUGCCUGUCAUCAAUCUCCACCCAGCACUCCCUGGGCAGUUCAACGGAGCUCAUGCCAUCGAUGACGCAUACAAGGCAUUCCAAGAAGGAAAGAUCGAAAAGACCGGCAUCAUGAUCCACUAUGUCAUCUUGGAAGUUGAUAUGGGAGAGCCGAUUGUUACCAGAGAUAUCCCUAUGCGCAAGGGUGAAUCACAGGACGAUCUUGAGCAGAGGAUCCACGAGAACGAGUGGGAGUUGAUUGUGCAAGGCACGAAAAAGGCCAUCGACACGCUCUGGAAAUCGAGACAAUCAUCAUGAGGACUUGAAUUUGGCACACAAACAGGGAGAGGGGAAACAUGAACGAGAAACGAUUUUUGGUUGGGAGGUAUAAUCCCAGCAUCAAUAUCUAUAUACACGCUUCAACGCUAUCAAGACGACCAUUACGAGAAACUCCAAGACACGAUCAAUCCUCGUCUAUUUUGUUGGGUGAGAAGUCACCAAGGAGGAUAUCGUCCGGUGCAGGGCCACGGGUGUUGCGUACUAGACGGAUGUCAGCCAUCGGUACUUGAUACAAGCAACAAAAACAACACUUACCCCAUUCGGUCUCGACGCGGAAGAAAAUCCAGAUCCAGCGUCGAAGCACCUCAAGCAAUUCCAUCACGAAAAUGCCGCCCUCCAAAUCAUUGAAAUGGUCCAAGUGCGGAGAGAGCUUGAAGCUCCACGUGCAUCGCAGC